GCAACAUUUUCCACUUUGGGGAAUGACGUGUCAAGAAAGUGCCGGAAGCUUUCAGUCUGUCCAAAAUGGCUUACCAGACACUACAACAGGAGUACUUCCAGAUUCCUGUUGUUACCAGGGCAUAUACAACCGCUUGUGUCCUCACAACUGCUGCAGUGCAACUGGAAAUCAUCACACCAUUUCAGCUAUACUUCAAUCCGGAUUUGAUUCUAAGGAAUUACCAGGUAUGGCGACUAAUAACCAACUUCCUGUUUUUCGGCCCAGUUGGCUUCAAUUUCCUGUUCAAUAUGAUUUUUCUGUACAGAUACUGUCGCAUGCUAGAGGAGGGCUCUUUCAGGGGACGCACGGCUGACUUCGUCUUCAUGUUCCUCUUUGGUGGGCUUCUGAUGACUAUAUUUGGCACUUUUGUGAGCCUGGUUUUUCUGGGCCAAGCCUUCACUAUCAUGCUGGUGUACGUGUGGAGUCGGCGAAACCCAAACGUUCGCAUGAACUUCUUUGGCCUUCUGAAUUUCCAGGCUCCCUUCCUGCCCUGGGUGCUGAUGGGAUUCUCACUUCUGCUGGGCAACUCCAUCAUUGUGGAUCUUUUAGGUAUUGCUGUUGGUCAUGUGUACUUCUUUCUGGAGGACGUUUUCCCGAACCAGCCAGGUGGUGGAAGGUGGCUGAAGACCCCAUCUAUCAUAAAGAUGCUGUUUGACACUGCAGAGGAAGAUGCCAACUACAACCCCCUGCCUGAGGAGCGCCCAGGAGGCUUUGCCUGGGGAGAGGGGCAGCGCCUUGGAGGUUAAAUAUGCCCCAGAUCAGAUCACUUCCAAAUGACUUUCCCUAAGAGAGAUGAAGGGGACAAACAUGGUCUUAGUUUUUGACAUGUUUGUUUGGUUCUGGAUGGAAAAAAUGCCAAACAACCAGAACUGGUUUGGAGAUAACCGUCUGUUGUCUUUGUAUAUGGGCUUAAAUCAUCCUCAGAAACUCUUCUUGAUGCCAGAUCGUCGCUCUAAGACUAUUUGACAGAACGCAAGCUUCGGAUGGAACUUUGGAUGGUGAGCCUUUAGGCUGUUUGUCUUCAUCUCAGAGAAAAAUGUUGACAUACAAUAACUCUUGUAUGAGAGAGAGAGGAAAAAAAUGAUAACAGUAAAAUAUUAUCAAAAUGAAUUUAUUCAGAUGGCAAGUGCAUUUUUUUUUUCAUUUCACUUUUUUAAAAAAUAAAUGUGUGUGGCAAAUGAUGCUUUGGUUUCAUCUCUUUGAACUGUAGUACUUCAUGAAACCAAAAAUGAUUAGAGGAAGUGAUUCAUAAUAUUAACAUUUGUAUGUUGACAGGAUGUUGUUAAUUCAUCCCUUUACACAACAGGGCAUUGCAACAUACAGAUAUCAAGAUCUCUACCAUUUUUUUCCCUUCGUAGUCCAGUUUUUCAUCCAUGUUCAGCUGGGUUAAGUUUUAAGUUUUUUGAUAUAAACAGCCUUAUAUCACAUUAUUCCAAGGUAAUACACAAUCACAGCACACAAUUUACUUGUCAAAAAAAGGCAGUUGCAGGUGUUGCAUAUUAUUUUGCAUAACAAUACAUUUGGCUGAUUUUGAACACAUUUAUACUUUUUUUUAAUUUAUUUUUUAUGUUAUCGUGUCAACUGGCUUACUAGCCUAGCAGCAUUUGCGGGACAGAUUUUAAAUUGGCAAUAAUGUCUGGCCUACAUUCACUGAUAAGAUGAGAUAAUAAGUUUGGAGUUGUGGCAGCACAUGUUAAAUUGAGAGAAGGAUUGAAAAGAUUUGUUGAUUGAUGCUUGCAUUGGAUCAAAGCAAACCCUUCUUGGGCAUUAAAUUGAACUUCUAAUAAUCUGUAAAUGUUGUGUGGGCUGAGAUGAGUAAUGAACUGUAACAAAGAUGUUUUUUUGUAUUGUGUUCUACUGUUUUACAUUUUUUAAAUUAUCUUAAGUGCUAUACAAAUGGAGUUGGAUUUCACUGUUACAGAUAGAAAUUAAUUUUCACACGCCCUUAGAAGUGAUGUUAAACAAGCCCAGCUGUAAUCAACAUAAUGGGCUGUAUUUCAAGAUCAUGUUGACAUUCAUACAUCUAAUUCCUGAGAACUUUUCCUUGUGAUACAAAGUAAUGAUCUAAUAAAAUGAAGAGGCAGAUUUAAUGAAUAUCCUCAAAAA